AUGUCCCGGCAGUCCACCAUCACCUGGCACAGCGGCGGCCGCAGGGCCUUCAGCACCACCUCGGCCAGCACCCCGGUGGCCGGCCGUCCCCGCUUCAGCUCCAUCUCGGUGGCUCGACCCGCUGGGAGCAGUGGGGGUCCUGGCAGGAUGGGGGGCGCCGGCGCUGCCUUUGGAAGCCGGAGCCUCUACAACCUGGGGGGCACCAAGCGGCUGUCCAUCGGGGGGUGCUCUGGCGGCGGCUUCCGAGGUGGCUUUGGCGGCAGGGCUAGCGGUGGGUAUGGGGUCAGCAGUGCCUUUUCCCAUGCGGGUGGUAUUGGAGGAAGCCAUGGUGGUCCCGGUUUCCCUGCCUGCCCGUCGGGAGGCAUCCAAGAGGUCACCGUCAACCAGAGCCUCCUGACCCCUCUCAACCUGCAAAUCGACCCCACCAUCCAAAGGGUGCGGACCGAGGAGCGGGAGCAGAUCAAGACCCUCAACAACAAGUUCGCCUCCUUCAUCGACAAGGUGCGCUUCCUGGAGCAGCAGAACAAGGUCCUGGAGACCAAAUGGAACCUUCUGCAGGAGCAGGGCUCCAGGACCGUGAGGCAGAGCCUGGAGCCCUUCUUUGACACCUACGUCAAUGACCUCCGCAGACAGCUGGAUGGCAUCACUGCCGAGAGGGGAAGGCUGGACGCAGAGCUGAGGAACAUGCAGGAGGUGGUGGAAGACUUCAAAGCCAGGUAUGAAGAGGAAAUUAACAAGCGCGCAGCUGCAGAGAAUGAGUUUGUGGCCCUGAAGAAGGACGUGGAUGGAGCCUACAUGAACAAGGUGGAGCUGGAAGCCAAAGUUGACUCCAUGACUGACCAGAUCAGCUUCCAUCGGAUGAUCUUUGAGGCAGAGCUGUCCCAGAUGCAAAACCAGGUCAGUGACACCUCUGUGGUCCUGUCCAUGGACAACAACCGCAGCCUGGACCUGGACAGCAUCAUCGCCGAGGUCAAGGCGCAGUAUGAGGACAUUGCCAACCGCAGCAGGGCGGAGGCGGAGUCCUGGUACCAGACCAAGUACGAAGAGCUCCAGGUCACUGCAGGCCGGCAUGGCGAUGACCUCCGUAAUACCAAGCAAGAAAUCUCGGAGAUGAACCGUAUGAUCCAGAGACUGAGGUCCGAGAUCGACAACGUCAAGAAGCAGUGUACCAGUCUGCAAACGGCUAUCGCUGACGCUGAGCAGCGUGGGGAACUGGCCCUCAAGGAUGCACGGGCCAAGCUGGUGGACCUGGAGGAGGCCCUGCAGAAGGCCAAGCAGGACAUGGCCCGGCUGCUGCGUGAGUACCAGGAGCUGAUGAACGUCAAGCUGGCCCUGGACAUGGAGAUCGCCACCUACAGGAAGCUGCUGGAGGGCGAGGAGUGCAGGCUGAGCGGAGAGGGAGUUGCUCCAGUGAACAUCUCUGUGGUUACCUCCACUGUUUCCAGUGGCUAUGGCGGUGGCAGCAGCAUUGGAGGUGGAAGCCUGGGUCUUGGUGGGGGCAGCAGCUACUCCUUCACCACCAGCGGUGGGCACAGCCUGGGCACAGGCCUGGGAGGUUCUGGCUUCACCACCAGUAGCAGCCGGGGCCCAGGGGGCAGUGGCUCCAGUGUCAAGUUCCUCUCCACCACAUCCUGCAGCAGGAAGAGCUACAAACACUAA